UUGAGAAGUACUCCAUAUGACUGAUGUUUCCCAACGUCUACAGAAUGCUAACGAUAGAGGAGUGGUGCUGCGGAUUUUGGCAGAAGCGAAGAAGAGUAUCGUGUGGGAGCAGGAUUGUUCCAACAUUCUGGAAGCAAUUAUUGAUGAGAUAGAAAAAAUCGACAAUUAUUUGACUCAGAAUGAGAUCUCCUCGUAUGUCGACAGCUGUUUCUCAAGUGCUAAUCCUCUUUAUGCCCUUCCCGUGCUCACGGCUCGAUUAUCUUCGCGUCAAAUGACUGAUCGAAUCCUUUUUUGGAUAACUUUGUGCUUACGUGAAAACCUCGCUCAUACACUCAAAGACAGUGUCAGCCUCAAUGAUGAUGACUUUGUCUAUCAAUCUUACGAACAAUUUAUAUCGUGCCUGGUGUUUCUUCGUGAAAAAGCCUGCAGUACUCCUCCCAAGAAGAUUAAUGUGAUGCAGAGCGCUCUUGGAAGUCUUCCAGUUAUUGAAAACACAUUAUAUAUAGCGAUAACAGAUUGUCUGCAGUAUGUCUUCGAUUCAAUCGUUGCUGAGAAAGAUGUGGAUCUGCGCGUGAUUUCGCUUCUAGUGGCAAAGAGUCGUUCGAUCGUUGUUCAGGAUACUACUCUGCUAAAUCAUGUUGUAAAGUGGCUAUGCAGUCGUGAAGAAUCUCCCAUAUGGGAUCGAAUUGCUCAGCGAAUCUUCACGGAUGACUCGAUUAGCAGUCGAGAUGCUGAAGCUCUUAUAACAGCCGUUGGACUUUGUGCUUCAUCUGCCAAAGAUUUGAUGAGGUGUUUUGGGCUUGCCAUUCGUAGAAAUGCCAUAAUUCGACGUGUGUGCUGUACAAAGCUUUUUCUUCAACGUGUCUGUGAUGCAUCCGUAGUGCUGACAUUAUCCGAAUAUCUUCACUUAGCUGCCACUAAAGAGAUGUAUGUGGAAACUAUGGAGGCUGUUGUCUCUGUAUGGUCUGAUCCUGCCCAUGUGCGUUACGUGGCCGUAGAGCAACAGAUGCAUCUUACAAGAGUCGUUUUGGCUCUGGGUCGAUGGCUCAAUGAGCUAGAGCUGGAAAACAAAAAAGGAGUGUGGGCAAAACUAUUUGAUACGGCUAUUCAAGCUGUUGAGCAGCGUCUUGCGAAUCCAGAUACCAUAAUCCGCCAGUCGGGAAUGUUUGUUGGAGAAACAUUUUCGAUAUGGAUGGGAGGAGAGCGUCUUGAGUUUGAAUACCAAGAUGACAGCUGGUUGGACGAGAUGCGCAGUAUACGUGAUGGCACCACACCUGUGCCGAAGCAGGAAGCGGUUGAUACAGUAAGCCUACAGUUGGAAAAGUGUGAUAUGCAGCUUCCCACAUCGUCCAGUUCCGUAGCUAAUACACAACCGUAUGACAGUGAUGAUGAAGAAGACUUUGAGCCUUAUGAUAUUCCAGAAAGCGAAAGAAAUGUUGAAAGUUUACCAGCAGAUGCAGAACCUGAAAGGACUGCACCUCCACCCAGUUACAUAAGAGACUGUAUGGAACAGUUAAGUGAGAAGGAAAAAUACGAGGUGUUUGAAGCAGCACUCUUUGCUCUGAAUGCUAUGAUACGAAGAAAAGCUGUUGGAUUUGUUGAUAUCGCAGAACAGUUGGCUAAGAAGCUUGUCUAUCUGGAGAAUAAGUUUUCUACAAAGAAUUUUGAGGAAACCCGCAAGCAAUGCCUCAUUUCGUGUCUAAUUAUGCGACCUGAACUAGCACCCAAGUUAGGAGAUAUAGUGUUUUCACGACAUUGCUCAUUCUUUCAUCGCUACCUUAUCCUGGAAUGCUUUCUUGCUGCUGCGAAAGAGCUUUCAGAAUUCCAAAAAGAGCCAGCGAAAAAGAUUGUCGAAGUGCCUAAAGAGGAGAAGGAGGAGGGAGAACUCAAUGACUGGAGAUCCAUCGUAGAUGCUCGUAUUCGUUCUCAUACUCGCCGAUUUACUACUGAGAAAAAACCGGAACCCAUUACCUCUUGUAAUCGAUUUGCACCUGUGGCUACCUUAUUUUUCUACCCUUUAUUAAAGACGAGGACUGAAGAACAUCUGGAAUUGAAGGGUCGUGAUUCUCCGUUUCUGGCUCGUGUACUGUUCUGCGUUAGCGAAAUUCUCCAGAAGGCAGCGAAUGCUCCAACGGUUGUGAGAAUGGCAAGCUCGCUAGCAGAAGUUGUCGGUCCGCUUCGGUUCCAUCCGGAUGCCUAUAUACGGUCUGCUGUAUUGUAUGCUUACUUUUCGAUAGCGAACGCUGUACCUCAAUCGGUGUUUAUCGAAUUUUUCGGAAACGUUGUGAGGAGUUGGAUCGAGUGGACACUGUCCUUGGCUGAUGACGUCGAUGCAGCAGAACAUCAACGCCUUAUGGCCAGAAAUGUGGCGACCGUGCUUUUGCAAAGGAUAGGAGCUAAUGAAUCGCUGAUAGAGAGUAACGAAAAUGAAAGCUAG